UCGCAGGCAUGGCACUUCCCUCCAUUGCAGCUGGAAGGAACGCCAGGCCAUUACUUAAAGGGACUCAACCAGCUUUCAAUUAUCUCGCCACUUCUCAAGCAACAGUCGUCCUGCACUGGAACCCUUUUGUCCCAGAGUUGCUCCAGUUGGGAAACCUAGUUCUUGGUGUUUUGAAGUGCAAGCAGACGAAUGUUUCGGGGCACUGGUGGUGCGGCAAGGCUUACAUUGAUUG